AUGAAGAGGAGCUGGGUGUGGAACCAAUUCUUCGUUUUGGAAGAAUACACUGGAACGGAUCCUUUGUAUGUGGGAAAGGUAAGUGGCAUGCGGGGGGAUCAAGGUAUCGCUAUAUUAAACAAAAAUGUGUAUGUAAUACAUUAUUAUUAUUAUUAUUAUUAUUAUUAUUAUUAUUAUAUCACCAUCACUAUUAUUAGUAGUAGUUGCACCCCGCGCAUAUGACUGGGUUGCCCCAGCCACUUCAGGUGGCUUCCAACAUAUAUAAAAACAUAAUGAAACAUUGCACAUUAAAAGGCUGCCCUAUACCUUCAAAUGUCUCCUAAAGGUGUCAUCUCCUUGACAUCUGAUGGGAUGGUGUUCCAUAGGGUGGGUGCCACUACCGAGGAGGCUCUGUGCCUGGUUCCCUGUACCUUCACUUCUCGCAGUGAGGGAACCACCAGAAGGCUCUCGGAGUUAGAUCUCAGUGUCUAGGCUAAAUGUUGAGUGUGGAAAUGCUCCUUCAGGUAUUAUCCCUGCUUCCUUUCAGAUAUAUACGUGUAUAGAUACACACACACAGAGGGCUGUGCCUGUUAAGAUUCCUGCUCCGUGUUUUCAGUCAUGAGAUUGUUGUCUAUCACAUGAUGGUGUAUGUUUCCAUUCCAUAGUGUGGGAAGUCAUGGAGACAGGAUACUCAGCAGCCUUACCUACAGCCUCACCUGCUAGCAGACCACCCAACUCUCAUCAAAUCCCAAACCAAUAUCCUGUUGGACCAGGGAUAGGGAACAUUUUUGUUUCAUACCCUAUGGGCCAACUUUGACAGGCAGGCAAAACAACACACAUGUCAAUCACAUCACAUCAUUGUCUCAUUGCCCUGCCCAACUCCCAUCGGAGGUUGAAAAGGGGAGGGGUUGCAUAGCCUGCCCUGCACUCACCCUUACAACCUUAGGCAACCCUCCCCCUGCUUUUCCUUUCCACCUUCGAUGUCAGGCGUACAAAGGAGUGUGAACUCCACCUACCUCCCCAACCCUUCCCCAACAUUUCAAGUGCCCCCUAGACCUCCUCAGCCUCCAAGAUCAUGUAGAUCUUGCCAAGUCUCCCACCUGCUCCUAGUAGAUUUUGCCAAAAACCAAACAAACCCACCCACACCACUUCCUUUAGACCUACAUAUGAGGUGGAGAUGGGUGGCAGCCGGCAGCCCAGGUGAGACAGUUGCAACAGGCCAAGGCAGCUCUCCCUCCACAUUCCCCCUUCUGCUGAGGCUGAAACACUGUCGUUGGUGAGGUGGGCAGUGGUGACGGCAGUGGCAGAGCAGGAUGUUUGCUGAGGAGCUGCCCUGUGGCUCACCUGGGCUGCUUGCCACUGCAGCCCUCCAUUGCUGCUGUGAUGGUGCAGCUGUAGUCUGCAGUGCCAAACUGCUGCCUUAGGAAAAUAUAUAAUAGGACAUACAUACACACACACACACACACACACACACACACACACUCUUCUCCUGAGGAUCUUCCAAUCUAAAUUUUGAUUGCUGGAACUGACGAGGGUAAAAGGAUGGGUAUGCACAAAUGCACUUAGCUUUGGCUCUGGGGUAGGACUAAGAGGCUAAGCCAAAGUCUCCACCCAAGAGGUGGUUUUUGAGGUGGAAUUUGGAAGAAGAGGAGAUCUGGCACCACACAGGUUUUCCAGGCUGUUCUCUUUCAGGCGGUGUAUCGGUGGACACCUAAUUUAUUUCAGUUCCUAAGAGCUUCCGACGGGUGUCACCUUGAGCUGUGAAUAAUGUCUGUUUUGAAAGGCUAUCGAUGAUUUGCCUUUUUCCAAAAGAUCAGCACUAACAAUUAUCUGGUGUAAUUGAUGUCACCCUUAGAAACUCUCUGGCAGUCUUUAUAGGAAGAGCUCCAGGUUCAGAACAUAGGCAGGUUAUAUUGAUACAGAAGGGAUUGGUUUAGGAGAGGGAGGGAGGGAGGCAGGGAGGAAAAAAGAAGUUGCAACAGCACAAGUGGGCAUGUUAUAUUAAAUGUGCAGUUGCAACAGAAGACAACAUAUUUUCGGAUAGCUCAUCACUGUCCUCAUGUCACUGCAGUUUGCAUUUCCCUGCCCUUUAGCAGGGGCAGGCAACCAUAUACAGCAGAAGUGGGGAAACUCAUAAUGUAUUGACAUCCCAAUUUGGGCAAGUUGUCCUAGAUCAGGGAUGUUAUGCUGUAUGGUGUUUUUACUGUAAUUAUACAGUUAAUGCUGAAUUGUGUUUUUAAUAUUCGGUUGGAAGCCACCCAGAGUGGCUGGGGAAACCCAGCCAGAUGGGCAGGCUAUAAAUAAUAAAUAAUUAUUAUAUUAUUAUUACGUCCAACCGGUCAAUCAUGAUGUGUCUGUGGUCGAUCAUGGUCAAGUGUGGGAUCCUCCUCUCCAACUUUGGCUCAUCCUCCUCCCCCAAAAAAGCUCAACAUCUUUGGUGAAGCCUCCUCCCAAAAAAAUUCAACAACUCUGGUCAAUCCAACGGAUAUAUCACUGCCAGUUUAUUUAUAGCAGGAGUAGAUCGCAGUCUCUUGGAAGUUGAACGUGCCUGCCCUAGAUGUUACAGAGCAUGCAGGCAUGAAUAGCUUCCACAUGGAGCAGAACAGGAGAAGAGAGUGCCCCCCCACAAAGAGCCCCACCCCCUGACGUUGCACUUUCUGAAUAGCCCCCCGCCCAUGGAUUCAGUAGGUAGGUACUGUUGGAGAUGCAGAAGAGAAGCUCAUUCUGUGGUUGAAGGGUUAAUUUGGUUAAUGUUGAAGUCAACUAGCCAAGAGGGGGACUGUUGCAGGUGUGGCUUAGCAGCCAAGCAGGGCCAGAUGAUAUUCACCAAGGUAAAUAUCCUGAUUGGCUGUGUAGGGAUUGGCUGAGGGAACUUUGCCCCUGUAUUUUUGGUUGAAUGUACAAGGCCUAAUGUAAGAAAGUAAAAACCUCUCUGUUCAUUUCUUUUUCAACUGUACACUGUUUUUGUUCAGUUUUCCUUGGUGUUAUCAGGGCUUUUCUCUCUGGAAUUUGCAUUAUUUAAGUGACUUUUUUAACAGGUACAGCAUGAAUUUCUGCAGAUAGGAAAGCUUAUAAUGCCUGAAAAGGGCUUUUGGCAGUGAGUGUCUCCUUAGAAUGACUUCUUCAUGCCUAUAACUCAAGCUUUCACCUUUUUGUUCUUGUUUUCCAUCUGUGAUGGCUCUUUUGAUUCAAGUUGGCUUGAGUCUGGAUGUCAUGGAUUAAGUUCCAACUUAGAACAGCAGUAUAAACACACACAAAAUGUAAUUUCAGUGGCACAUUAUAUAAAAACAGGCAGUGGGGGGAAUUCUCAAAUGGCUAGCAGGCAGCGAAAAAUAAACGCAAUAUGUGAUAGCCUGAAUCACUCGUCUGCCUUUGUCUUUCAUGAAUGUCUGCAUUCUUAUGACAGUAAAAGUAAAGUCAGUUAUAUUACUUACAAUAUUGCUUUUCUUGGCUACAUGCAAAGUUGAGAAUAAUUUUCCACCUUAACUUUGUUUGAGAUCUGGAGAAAAUACACUUAACUGUAUUUCCUAUAUUACUUAGAAGAUGUUUUGGUCAAAGGAAAGCCAGGGUAUGCAUUUGGGGUUUUUUUUGCCAGACAGCUUCAAUUUGUACUUUCUUGACAUCAAAGUCUACCAGCUUCCAUUCUUGUCUUGUAGAACACUGGCAUGCUUAAUGACUUUUUCCCAUCAUUCUAUUCUUAUAACAACUAUGCCCCUAGAACCUACAUCGUUAGUUGUCCAUUCUUGUUUGACGUUUGCCAGAACAAUAAUCUAAUAAACAUUGCACUCUUAUUAUCUGCACAUCCUGGGAUCAGAAUAUGAACUAAAAUGAUAGUUUCUAUAUUUAUAUACUAUCAGUAUGCAAGGGAUGAGAUACAAAGAGCUACUUUAAGCAUGGGCUUGGGUCUGGGAAAGCCAAGUGGGAUUUGCCUAUGUGGAAUUGGUUUUUGGGAGCCUGCAAAAUCAUUCAGACUGGAAGUCAUCCUUUACUGGUGCCGCCCCCAACGAAAAAUUAUAUUUAGUGAAGUUAUGUGAGGAUAUACCAGAGUGCUUUUCUUGUUCUCCCGGAGAACUGUGUGUCUUUGUACAUGAGAGAGAGAACUCUAUGCACCCUAUGAGAACUCCCACAGUUCCUCAGUGAUAUGCUUUACAUGCAUAAUAUAUUGGAGUUGCCAUAGCUCAAUGACUUUACAUAAGACCCCAGUUUCAAUCUUGGCUCCUCCACUUACAAGGAUUUCAGGUUGCAUGGCUGGGGGAAAAAAUUAGAUGAGCUGAUGGCCUCACUCAGUACAGUGGCUUCAUACUUACACAUCAAUCCCAAGUCCCAACCUUAGUGACUGGUGGCAGGAGAAAGAGCCCUCUCUGAACUUGCAAAACUCUUAAUUUAUCUGGAUGCAUUCAGUAGUGUCAAUGACUGGCUUGGUUAAAAUGAACAUACAGUGCUUUUAAAGUUUCUCAGUACAAGAAGGCAAAUCUGAUCAUAUUUCUUAAUGCAUCGUAUGCUCUCCUCAGAUUGCUUCCCAAGUGGUCUCAUUGAUUUUAAAUUCUGUUCUGGGGCAGAUCAGCAGUGUCUAUUUGCUUUAGUUAUUAAGAUGCAGCAUCUAAACCUUCUAAACUACUAUAUAUGUAAAGUUCAAGUAUUUUCUAGGGUGGGUUUGUGUGGUGUGUCAUACUGACUUUUAAAAAAUCCACAGAUGGACUCUACUAUGGAAUCAGAAUUGCUCUAACAAGCAAUUUUGUAGAUAAGCAUGCAUGAAUUUAUUUUUUGCAAACAUAGCUUUUCUUGCCAUUUUGUAGCAAUACCUGUGCAUGCAAAUAAAGAGCGUUUGCUAAUACUGGUAAAGAAACUCAUCCAAUUUUUUAUUUUGCCAGCAUUUUCAUUCAGCACUAAAGAAUUUAACCCUAAAAUCUUCAAUACUUCUAAAAUACAGUUGAUACAAAGCUGCUUAUCAUAUAUCAUACUCAAAAAGCACGUCCACUUUUUGAUAAAACACUUUCUUAUUGUUUCAGUGCUGCUGUUCAGUGUCCUUCAUUGCCUUCGUCUCCUUUGCCUCUCAGCCUUUGGCCUCAAUUUACCCACAAUGAUACUGGAUGUGGUGGUGACACACAUAAUUUUGUCAAUAAUACCAUGAAGUUAAAUCUGACAUGAUACUGUCAUAAAUACUCAUGAAGACACGUGGGUUUCCACAGUCAAUCAUAUUAAACAACAGUUUGGGCAAAGGAGAAGAGGGGAAUUUGUACCAAGAAAAAUUGCUGGGACAUGCAGGUUCCAGGGUGCCUUGGUGCCCUUUCUAAAUUCUGAAGCACCCUGGAAAAUGGACCAUGGAUUCAUGGCCCAAGGAUGCUGCAAUUUCAGUUUCAGAUGACAGGAAGUAAUGAAGCUCUCCCGGUCACUGCUGGUGAUGCCUGCCGCAUUUGUGGCAAAGAGAACAGAUAGCUGUGAUGUGAGAGUUAUGGCAACAGCGUGCGCUUAUUAGGAGCCAAGCCUGAACUUUCUUGAAGUUUGAGCUUAACAUAAUUAGUACAGGGACAAAUUCACAAGUUCACCAUUGCAAGCUCUCCAGUUCCACACUGCAAAGUCAUCGCUAAUUGUAAGGCACUGUAUCCUACACACAGGGCAGUUUGUAUUCUAAUGCACCUUGUGUGGCUAUAUAGCACCACAGAUUCACAACCUGUGUCUAUGCUACCGGCUAAUUUACUGCAGUUUAGUUUGCUGGUUCAAAAUGGGAUGAAUUUGCAAUGAGGAGAUAAACAACUGUGAGCACAGCUCUCCCUGGCUGUAAUUUCCAGCACCCUUUGUAAUAUGUUUUGCAGUAGUUUUAGUGGACCAGGAUGUAGGGUAGUGUAUUUAGGCACUUGGAAAAAACCAGUCCUGUCUCAUCUCUGUUAAUAAUAAUGCCAUUCUCCCAUCCCCAUAGUCAUGUUUAUGGCACUUCCAAGGGCGCAGGAGCACACUUGAUAGUUACAACUGAAGGAGAGAAAGACAGGGAGAAAGACAAAGCUUGCGCAUUUCUCCCUUGAGUUUCAUUCAGGGUCGUCUUACCCAUAGAGCCUAGUGGCGCAGGGCACCAGGGCGCCAAGUUCUGGAGGGCACCGGGGAAGAGGCGGAGGCUGGACGCAGUGCCUCCCGGCAUCAGCUCGCCGCCCUCGCACGCCUCCGCCGUGCCACACCAAAGCAGCACCGCUCCUGGAGCCUCCACCUGCCAUGGCCACCAUGGCACAAAGCAGCCAACCUCUGCCUCUUCCCCGCUGGAGGAGCCGUCUUCCAGCCGCUGCCCGCCUCCUCCAGCCCCGCAAAGCUGGGCACGUCGCCAGCAGCGCUAUCCUCCCUAAAGAAAGUCAGCAAUUCUGGAAAGGGGGGUGGGACGCCGGAGGGAUCUUCGCACCACAGCGCCAGAUAUGCUUAAGAUGGCCCUGGUUUCAUUUUAUCAAAAUAUUCCUUAAUAUAAUAAUUGCCUUGAUGAAUGAGAAUUGAGCCCAUCUAAUCUACUAUUUUGUCUCCAACAGCAAUGAUACAGCACUCCUAAGCAAGACAUGGUGGCCUUUCCCUUUUGUUAGCCCUAGGAUCUAGUACUCAGGUGUAGACUGCUUCCCACUUGGCAUUUUGACUCACGGUUGCUGCCACCAACCCACAUCAUGCUGGUAAUGCUUGGUUCAAAAGAUGCAUGAUGUGACAUCAUUGCAGUCAAUGUUUCCCUCCCCUAUUUUCAUAGAAGGUAGAGAGGAGUGAUUAACAUAAACAUAAGACAUCAUCAUAAAAACAUGGGGGUGGAUGUGGUUUGGGGACAGCCAUUUUCCUCGCUGUCAGGUCCAAAGCUGCCACGGAUUCUGUUAUGGAAGAGGAUGGCAAAUCUAAAUCUAGGAAUGGAAUACAGAUCUCCAUCUGUGCCUUGCACCUGCUCCUCUUUUUUUACUUGAUACUAUAGCCCAGAUGUUCAUGAUUAAGAUUUGAACUUUAGAGCCAGUUCUGCUUGGCUGAACUUAUAGUUUUGAAUAUAUCCGUUGUUUUUCUCCCCCAUGAACAAAGCUGUGCACUUACUGAUGGCCAAACACAAUGCUCAGUGGUUUCAUUUGCAGAUUAAAUUCAUACAACAGCAAACAUGAAGCAUGGUAGAAAGAGAAGUAGCUUGAUGGUAAAGCACAGAUACUGUGCGCAGAAGAUUCUUAGUUUAAUAUUUCAUCUCUCUCUGAAACCUUGGAAUGCUGUUGCUAGUUGAGUUAACACAGAUCAAUGAUCUGACACAGUAUAAGGCAAUUUCCUAAUCCACCUUCGAUUUUCAUAUGCAGCAUAUCUGGUAAGGAAAGGUGCAAGCCAAAGGUGGUGGUGUUUUUUUAAGCACCUACUCUCAUUCUGCCUGAACUCAACCAAACUUUCUUGUUUGGAACACAGACCUCAUAUUACCCUGCAACCCUGAGAGCAAAAUGCUGAUUCUCCUUUCUAAUUUCGACAUUUUAGUCAUCUUGAUCCAUUCAUUGCAGUGGCAAUGGGCUUAGAACAGAUUCCUUAGCUAAACAGAAAUAUAUGGAGUUUUCUAAUAUGUUUCCUCAGUCACAGCUGCAGUAUUGCUGAUUCAGACUGUGACCUACACAACAUCUUCUGAAUUCAAUAAAAGCAGGAGCAGGUUUUAGGUAGGCCAAAAUCAGGACGUUGACAGGUUAGGAAGAACAACAUUCCCCAAAGAUUCACUGAGUCAUAAGGUCAGGCCUUCUGCUUGGUGAAACUUUGCAUUCACCUCUUGCAUUCAUUAAAGCCCCACUGACACAGAACAGGCUGACCAGAAAAGAGGUGUGGUGAAGUCCAUUAUUAUUUUUUGAAUCAGGAAAAUUAUCCAACACUUUUAGCACUAUUCUAUUCUAGCACUAUAGAAAUAAGACUGUACAAAAUUCUUUUCUUUCACAUUGCUUGGUGUGUGUUUUUCAACAUCUCUUUGGUAUUCUGUGUUUCCGUAAUGUACAACUGGUAUGGAUUUAACUCUCACGUCCUUUUCUAUAUUUCAUGUAUUCUGGGCAGUGUGCUCUUCUAAGAAUACGUAGAAAGCUGUCAUAUGGUAGCUUAUUAUUAGAUGAGAUGCAAAGGACUGAGCAUCCAUUCUGCCUUUACUUCCAGCAUACUUCCACACACAAAUUGGACUGGUGCCAGCUUCUAGACAAUCAAACUAGCAACCCAAAUGAACCUUCCCAGGCCUUAAUAUCAGCUCAGAUGUCCACCAUCAAGAUUGAUUAGACUGGUGGACACUAGAGACCAAUUUCCUAAUGAAUUUACAUUCAAUUUGCACAUGUUAAUUUAUAGAUUAUAGCUAUUCUGGAUCCUAUAAUACCACUCAAGAUAGUGGAGUUGUUCGUUUGUUUGUUUUCCAAUACAUAGUAGGUUUUUAAGGGGCAUCCUAGCUAAAAUAAUGAGCACUGGCAAUAGGCCUAACAAGCUUGUAAUAUCUCAUGGGUUUGGGGAAUAGUACUUACUGUGUGAAGGUACCUUGCAAUAGGCCUGCCCUAAGACCUGGAUGCAGCAGGGGUCAGCAGAACCUCAUCAGGUGUGCUAUAAUAUAUAUUUAUGAACAUCUGGACAGCCAUUCAGCAUAGCAGUUAACCAGGCAAAAUUAAAAUUCCCAACAAGCUCCUACUUGUUGAAGGGAACCACAUCCUGGUUGGGAAGGGGAAUUUCUGCUGCAAAUUAGUCAUUUCUCUUAGACAGGCCACACAAAUCUGUGUUUGCUUUUCUUCUGAGACUGGGAGGUGAGACAGUUUGAGUUACAUUUUAUACCAGCCAUUUUACUCUUCUAGGUUGUUCUUCAGUGAAGCACUUCCAUUGUACAUGAGCAUGACUUCCUCAGUUAUGGAAAAUUUCUGUGCAUUUGUAGAACUCCAUCAAAUGGCUCACAUGCAUCCAUGAGACUCUGCAAUGUAGUCCUGAGGGUUGGUCCAGACGAGCAUCAGCCCACAAGUCUUCUUUUCUUCUUUGUCGAUCACUUGUAGCCAAGUAAUAUUGUCUUCACGGUUUUCAAAAGUGAGUCUGUAAGUGACGGUGGAGGCCAAUUCUGGAUCCACACAUCCUUCCACAGUGAGGACAUAGGUUUCUGGGCAGGGGUUAAUCAUGGUGAGGGUUUGCCAAGCAUGCCUUCCUCUUAGCACAUUUCUCCCUUUCGUCCUGUUUGAGCAUCUUCAAAACCCAUGACACCUUUGGUAAAGGCCGUUCUCCAAUUGGAGUGCUCACAGGCCAGUGUUUCCCAGUUGUCUGUGUUUAUACUACAUUUUUAAAGAUUUGCCUUGAGAGAGUCUUUGAACCUCUUUUGUUGACCACCAACAUUACGCUUUCCAUUUUAAAGUUCGGAAUAGAGUAGUUGCUUUGGAAGACGAUAAUCAGGCAUCUGAACAACAUGACCAGUCCAACAAAGUUGAUGCUGAAGAAUCAUUGCUUCGACACUGGUGAUCUUUGCUUCUUCCAGUGCACUAGCAUUGGUUCUCCUGUCUUCCCAAGUGAUGUGUUUUACUGAUAUUCAGAUCUCACAGCUUCCGCUGCUGUGUGCUUUCCAGGAGUGCUGCUGCACUUUCCAGGAGGUGAGGCAAUGCUGGCAUAGGAAGCAGCUAUGUCAUCAAUUCCCCCUAGGUGACUUUAAGCCUACCAAAGCAUCGUGGAAAGGAACUGUGCUGAAGCCGGCAACUCUCCUAAAGCAAUGAGAUAAUGUCGGAACCUGUCGCUAAAAGCUUGACCGAACGCAACAGUUCUAAGAACACAGAGAGCCGGACAUUUGCAGCCUCCAACCAAACAGCAUGAUAAGCAUUACCAUAUCUCUGGCUUCCUGACAUUUCCUAGCAUGGCAACAGUUGGCUCACUGAGUGGCAGGAGGCUGCCUUCAUGUCUGUUCUUAAGCGAUCAUCAUGCUUGAAUGGUCACCUGAUUUCACUGUCAGGGCCCCUGCUGAUGCUGCCUUAAUGACAUGGGAGCCACUGGAGCAUGUGGUUCACAGAGUGUGGGUUAAUCUACUUUGUUGCGAUAAUAAAAACGAUUGAAUAACUCCUUUGUUCCAAGCUCUUUCGAGAAAGGGUGGGAUACGGAUGUGCUUGACACCUUUUCUGAGCCACUACAUCAGAAGACACAAGGCCAUGUAGGAGUAGCCAACGGUGUGUGUUUUCCCAAAUCACUGUGCUCCACCCACAAUAAUUGCAUUUUAUAUUGUGAUUUUCCUCAAAAGGACUUCCUGGCUUUCCUCUCUCUUCAUUUAACUCUCAGAAUCACCUUCUGAAGUAGCUUAGGCUGACGGUGAAUGGCCCACGGUCAAUCAGCAAAACAACAUGGCUGAGCAGGGAUUGGAAACUGGGUUUCUCUUAUCCUAAUUCAGUACUCUAACAGUUCCAUUACGCAUUGUCCAAAUCUUUUCCAGGAAGGACAAAUGUUGCAUUGAAGCACUGAAGUGCUGUAAGUGGUUAUUGGCGUUUUGUUGCAGCUGCUGCAAUCUUUGAAAAACACAACUCCCAUAGACCUUGGUAGAAUUUACAUCUGAGUCCACACCGUAAGUAUUGGGGUGUGAGACUUUCCUGCUCAACUAGUUUCCCGGCUAUUUUCUUCCUAUUCCCAUACAGGAGGUUAAACAAAAGAAGCAGGCAGGUUUUGGUAGGCAAGGAAUCUUCCCAAGCUUUUUCUUACUGUUGCCAGUUGCGGUCCCAUAAGCCAUUUGAUUAAGCCUCGGGUGAUUUUGCUCUCAAUAUUUUUCAAUUAUUUCACAAGGCAAAGGUGUUUAGCAGACUUGUAACUAAUUGAAUCAUUCUUCUUGCCUUUUGUAAAAGAUAAUUGAUACUGCAUUUUGCUUGUCUAUGUUCUGUUGCUUCCCAAAUUAUCAAUGCCUACUCAGAACUAAUUAGCCGCCAUGCAGUGUGUUAAUUCGCUAAUUCCCUCUAAUAUUCUAGGGUGCAUUAUCAUCUGCACCAGCUGUGCUAGAGUGUAUGAUUCAGAUGUUCCAAGCUGCUUACCUUGCCCUAUUCUUUUACAGUAGCUGUGUUACAACUUUUUCAUUUCCUAAUAGUUCAGCUGUGUCUUUUUUCCUCCUGCAAUCACCAUGAAUCUCUAUGAAAUCAAUUCACUGCCAUAAGGCUCCUUUCCUGCUUUAAUUUAAUCUUAGGUUAAUAAUGAAAUAUUAAUUUGGGGUGUGGGGCCAUCAUAAAAUAUGCAAAGAAGCAGUUGCUUUUUGUAUGAAAAAUGCAGGCCAACUAACGGUCUUAUUUCUUUCCUAGACAUUAAAAAAGAAAUGUGUUUUGUAGUAUGAGGGUUCACUAGCUAAGGGCCUUUCAAGUUUUGUGGCAUGGGGAAAUGGAGUGGGGUAGGUGGGAUGUAGAGUCACAGUCCUUUUUAGAGUGGCUAUAUGCCCUACUUUGCAGAGGGCUGUCCUCUAUUUGUGGCAGAGAAAAGUCUAGAAUCAGAGGAAGAAGCUGAAGCAGGAGAUGAGGAAGGAAGGAGGGCAAGUGGAAGAGAUUAGUCAGGCUGGUGGAGAGUCACAGAUGUCUCCCCCUCCUGUAUGAAAGCUCCCAUCCUCUGUCUCCCAGAACAAGAAGAGGGCUUCAUGCAGUUGCAGUCCAAUUGCUUGGAAAAAGUUAUGGAGAGGAGGGGACUUAAAUGGAAUGGGGAAUUCCAAUCUCAGCAACUGAUUCAUGGGGUAAAACCUACCAGGGAUGGGUUGCUGUGUUCAUUAAGCCUGACACUCAGCCAAGUCUGUGAAGACUGUGUUUUUGCUAAUAAAGAGUUAACUCCAACUUUGAUCGGUGUGAUUUACUGCCAGCUCGCUCUUUGACACACAUAACACUGACAAGGGUAUUGGGCAUGUUUUGCCCCAACCACAAAGUUGUUCCUAAGUUCAGUGCUUCAUUUUCCCCCAUAGAAGUGAAUGACAGACCUUCGUCAAACCUGCUUACUCUUCCUAGUGAGUUUUGCCUCAACUAAACCCCAAGACUGCAACCUGUUUACUUUGUCCCACAGAACCAAGGCAGGAAGAAGCAGCUUGUUCAACUAAAACACAUGGCGCACUAAUGAUGAUGGUGAUAGUUGGUGGCGGGGAUGAUAACCAGAAGUUGUUUGCCUUUCUCUACCACAAAAUCAAAAUGUCCUGAACCAAAUGCAUUAAAUAGCUCUUCACAUAUACUUUGAGCUAAGUUCCAACUACAUAUGGUUACUCUUUGCAGUUGCAUUCUGAUAUGGACAGAGGAGAUGGAUCCAUCAAAUACAUACUGUCGGGAGAAGGAGCAGGCAUUGUGUUUACCAUUGAUGACGCAACUGGGGAUAUCCAUGCCAUUCAGAGGCUGGACCGAGAAGAGAGAUCCCAGUAUACUCUGAGGGCUCAAGCCUUGGAUAGACUGACUGGCAGGCCGAUGGAGCCGGAAUCUGAAUUUAUCAUCAAAAUCCAAGAUAUCAAUGACAAUGAACCCAAGUUCCUGGAUGGACCAUAUGUUGCUUCGGUACCAGAAAUGUCUCCAGUAGGUAAGUGGGACUUUUGAGAACAUGCUUUCGAUAUAUAGAAAACAAGCCAGUUAGUAUGCUAAAGAAAUAUUUGGCCUUUAUUCCAGCUCCCUAGCUGAAAGAUUGCAAAAGGAAGGGCGGGAACUGGGUUUACAGUUUAGAUUUUAAUUUCAGCCUAUGUGGAGCGUAGGAUAGUUAUAAAAUAGUGAUUCCUAGGUGGCAGGGAACCUUCUUUGAUCUGUCUAGUUUUUCCCUCAGCCUAUAUUCUGUUUUUCCUAGCUGUGUAGGGAAGAAACCAGGAAAUGUAUGACCCUUAAACUUCUCGUGAAACUUCCCUCCCAUUGGCUGUGCAGUUUGCUUUGUACUGUUUAUUGCUGAAGUGGAAAACCUCUCCAGAGGUAGAAACUGUGGCACAAUUGCUCUGUUUGCCAGCAAGUUCUGUAGUUGAGGCUUGUACCCUACCAAGGUGAACACAGCCCAACAGCCACAUAUUGGUGGCUUCCUGAGCAGGCUGCUCUGAGAGGCCCAUGGAUUAAAUGUUCACUUGAGCCCCUUUGUUCUCGCAGCAUCUUGUGCAAUUCCUUCCGCCCUAGUUUACUGUUUACUGGUUUUGAUUUCAUUUCAUCCAGUUGCCCCCUUUGCACUUGCUUAAUAGCAACAGGACUACUGCCAGAUAUUUAUCCUACAGUACCCAACAGAUAGCAAUAGGAAGAUCAUUGGGCCACCAUGCAUGUGUAGCUCAGAAGUUGUGCAGGCCUGCAGUAGACUGUGGCUGUAAAAGCGGUGCUAGGGGAGUCCUCUGCUGCUACACCAAGGUGUGCUGCUUGCUUCCUGUCAUUCAUAUGCCCACUACAAAGAGCAAAGAAAGAGCCAUAAGCACAGAGCCAUGAAGACCUGUGGCAACAAGCCUUGCGCUUCAUUGAUUUCCAAGCUGUGCUGGGUCCCCAGGGGCCCAUCAUCAGCCUGUGUAAAUUAGAUCAGUCAUGAGCACUGGCCAGUUUUACACCUGGAGCUAAAAAGGACUUUGGCUGCCCAUAGAUCAGAGAAAGGCAAAGGUGGUUUUAAAGCACCUUAAACUUGGAAAGGUUUAUGAGAUAAGAAAUCCAUUGGUCUUUUUGCAGGAGCAUGUAUAGCACAAAAUGUAACCUCCUGACUCUUUGCAGUUUAUUAAACAAUAUUCAAAUCCUAGCCACAAAUAUCGUUCACAUUGAAUAUAUCAUAUCAUAUAAAGAGCCAGAUCUGAAAUAUAUUUAAUAGAUCCUCAUUAACGGUUCUUACUUUUCUCACCAUCUUUCUGUUCCCAAUAACAUUGUCCAAGCAUAUAUGCAUUUGCUCUUGAAUUCUAUUACAAUGUGUCAUUUCUCUUUUCCAUCUUUUCAUUUGCUUUUUUCCCUCCACAUAAACCUACAAGUUCUUUGGAAUGGUGAAUGUGUGAUAGCUCUAUUAUACACCAGACAUGUUUCUUGUUUUGUAUAUAUAACAAUAUCUUUUUAAACAAUCGAAUCCCCAGGACUGCAAAGAUAAAUGUGGGGGGAAGUAUGCUAAGAAAUACACUAGUGAUACACACUCCUACUUCACACAGCCACAGCUAAGUAUUUUUAAGGCCUGUUGAAUUCAAGAGAAACAUAUUAAAACAUGCCCAACCCUGGCAUUAACUAGUGAGACUCAAAACUGCUUAAUAUUGACCAGAUCAUGCUUUAUGCCAUUUGUAGCAUUGCAUGGAUGUUAUAUUAGUAUUCAUGCAUAAAAACUACCAGGGCAGGCUUCCUCAACCUCAGCCCUCCAGAUGUUUUGAGACUACAGUUCCCAUCAUCCAUGACCACUGGUCCUGCUAGCUAGAGAUUGUGAGAGUUGUAGGCCAAAAACAUCUGGAGGGCCGAGUUUGAGGAAGCCUGUACUAGGGCUAUCAGGUUUCAAGAACAAUGAGACAAAGAACUGCACCUCCAAUUAAGAUUUUCAACUCUCAGAAUUCUGCACCCAAAUAUUAAGCUUUUUGGCAAAUACAAUCCAUUUUCACCUUUUGGGAAUGACAUUACUUAGAUAAAUGCAAUUUAAUUGCCCAGAUAUAAUUUGGUUGCUACCAAAUGUUUCUGGAAUGCAGUUUGUUAAAUGCAGUUUGUUGUUCUCAUUUUUCCUAUGAUAUUGUUCUUCUGUUCUGCAUCAUAUAAUCCUUUUUUUCAGUAGCAGAGUACCAAGUAUGAUUUAAAGUUUUAUUUUAAAGCUGAAGGACUUAUAGAAUAGAAAGAAGGUGACAAGUUUAGCACCCUGUGGGUCUUAACAGUUCACCAACAAGUGCUGUUAUCCUAUAGAUUAUUUACUGAUCCAAUGAUGUCUGGUGGGAUUUGUGCUUGUAACCCCCAUUAGUUCUAAGAGCUAUGUGUGUAAAUUCCUCAAGCAUUAGAAAGGGAACAGGCUCCUAAAUAAAUACUCUGUAGAGCAGGACAUUUAUAAUUCACUGAACAUAGUUAGAUCUGUGUCCUCUCUCCACAGCUACAAAUCUAACAAGGUUCUACACUGUUUUUGUCAGGCACCUCUGUUAUCCAAGUGACAGCAACAGAUGCUGAUGAUCCUACCUAUGGGAACAGUGCCAGGGUAGUCUACAGCAUUCUCCAAGGACAGCCAUAUUUCUCUGUGGACUCCAGAACAGGUAAUUUCACUCAAGAGAAAAAUCAGCCAAGAAUGUGACAUUUUCCAUUAACUUUCAUUCAGUAUUCACCUUAGGCUUCAUCUUCAAAAUGCAAGUCAUCAAAGACUAUGCAACCCAUUGUUUCUCAAUAAAGCACCAAGAAGUGUUAAAAACAUGAAUGAGAAAUGAUGUGUCGAGUCCAGCAGCAAUUGUAGGAUGGUGCAAUGGAAAGGAAAAGAACUAUUAACUUCAGUGGACAUUGCAUCGGAUCCUAAGUGUGGGAAAUGACAUAAAUAAAAUGAAGGUUAAAAGAAAUACGCAAAAUAGAUAAGAUUGGAUGAAUGUUGGGGAAAUCAGCAAAGUUAACAGUUGCAUAUGGGCUUCAGAGAACAAUCUUGUGACCUGUAUUAGCGGUCCCUCAGGGUCAAUGUUAUCAAAGUCUGUAGAAAAGUAAAAUAGAAACAACAGGAUAAAAAAUUGACCUCAUCAAUCUCUAGGUGAAGAUCCUCAGCCAAACCAAAACCUACAGUUUCAGCCCCAUACUGUGGGUUAAACUGAGAACAGGGCCUGGAAAACUUAAUGUGAACCUGAUGUCAACCUGAUGUUGUUAUAGUCUUUGUUUCUUAAAGAAGGGAAACUGAAAUCCAGAGAGAGAGAGAAGUCAGAUGCUAAGUUGAGAAUAAAAAUAAAGAGAUCGACUAUUCCACCGGGGUCCUUUGAGGAAAAGACAAAAAGCAAGAUAAUAAAAUAUUACCCUAAAAGUCCAGAGACGUUUAGCCCUAGGGGUCCAUUCUUCUACAACCAUGAGAAAUAGUAUUCAGCAAAGGUAGCAACUGAACUUGGACGUUUUUGGCAGGGUAUAUCAGAGAAACCUUGCUGCCACCUCAUGUUCUAUUUCAGUAAAACUCUCAGGAAGGGAAACUAACUGCAACAACCCUGGAUGUUAACUAUGGGGUAGUGAAUCCUGCCUCUGUUUCCAUGUGCAACUUUUGCAGUGUAGCUCCGAUUCACUUUUGUGCAUUGCAUGCAUAUCCCUAAUUGCAAUUAGCUUAAUUACACAUCAUGUUCCACAUUCAAAAGCACAGGCAUCUCUUGAAGAAGUAUAAUGAAGUUCUGAACCAUUGUUUUGCAUGCCAUGCACAAUUGGUUUAAUUACAUUAGAGCUUCAGUCACCGCUAUAACCUGUUUGCAACAGCAAAUAUGCAUUCUAAUACCAAGAGCACAAAAUCAGUUAUGUGCCUAAUGAUAGCAUGACCACAGAAGAGUAAUUAUUUGAACUUCACACCAUUCAAAGGAUUCUAACUUAUUAAUCAAUUGCCUUUCAAAUGAAUAACUGAUUAAUUUUCAUUACCAUCAGGGUGCCUUUAAAAAAAUUAAUACUGAAGGAAAUUUGAAAUAACUAAGAAAAGAAAGAAAGGCAGAAGUAGCAGCUAGCAGUCAAUGUUAGGAGGAAAGGUUGUUUUUAACAUUUUCUUUUGUAUUCUCUGUUGUAGAAUUAAAAUAGCCCUGAAAAAAUAAACAGGCAUUCCCUUAUCUCUCAACCUAAAAUGUGUCUUUUCACUUAUUCAAAUUACUCAAAUUUAGAAUAUAUAAGAAGGCAAGAUGUACUUGUUUCUUACUGUAAUCUCUGUAUGAAGCAAAAGGAAGAACUAGGCUCUAGCCCUUCUUUCACUAACUCCCAAGUGAUCUGUUCAUGGCAAUUCCUUCCGUGAAUGACAAAUUACUCCACCGACAUGGCUGCGGACCAGCGUUGCAUCUGGUUCCUGGUAUCUUGAGAGUAUAGUCCAUUCUGAUUCUGCAAAGAGGCAUGCCUUUCUGGGUGGUUCCCUAUAAACUUUGUUUUUCGUCUUGAAAAGGAAGCAUUUCCCAAUCAAUACUCGGGUUAGUAAAUUUGUUACUUUGUGUGCAUUAUUCAAUUAAAUGCCUUUUUGUGUGUGUCUUUAUUUUUCCCUGCUAUUUUCAUAGGCUUAAUUAGGACAGCGCUAAUGAACAUGGAUAGAGAAGCAAAAGAAUAUUAUGAAGUGAUUAUCCAGGCCAAAGAUAUGGGCGGACAGCUGGGAGGAUUAGCUGGGACGACCACAGUCAAUAUCUCCCUGUCUGAUGUCAAUGACAACCCACCCAGAUUUCCACAGAGUAAGUCUCAGCCACGAUGUCUCAGCAUUUGGGGGCGGCGGGCGGAGCUUCUCAAUAGGCAUUUCUUAAUUCCAGGUUAUUCUUCUCCUGGUGCACUGUUUUGUCCCUACCCAGAUUUCCACACAAUAAGUGUCCAUCACAAUAUGCAGAUCUCUGGCACGUUGCCCAAAUAAAAAGAUGUGACAAAAUAUUUGCACAGUAAAUAUGUGCUUUACUAGUUAUCAACAACAACAACAACAACAAUGAUGGUUUGAAGAAUCAAGAAGACAGAUUGCCACCCCAAGAAGCUUGCAGUCUAACAUCUGACGUGAAGUGGAAGAGAGACACGAAGAAAAUGGAGGCAGGGGCAAACAGGGCAAGAUUCUGCACUUAUCAGUACUUAGGAUUAGUUGCCGUAGGGGAUAAGAACUAAAGAGCUCACAUAGACCUCACAGAAAAGGUGGGUUCUGAGGAAGGCUUUGGAAACAGUGCAGAUCUGGAGAGGCAGUUCUGGGCAAAGGAAACAGCAAGGGAGACAGGUCAGUCAUUUGAGGGAGCAGGAGAUCUUCACCACCAGCAGAGGAUGGUGGUGUUUGUGGGGGUAGAGGAGCACGCAUAUAUACAGGCAGAGGAAUAUAGGGCUACUACACCAGGGCCAUAAGGGAGUGAGAAUGCUGCGAUGGGUAUUGGAGAUUAAGGAUAAACAUCUGGAGCUUUUCAGAGCGAUCAGAGAGUUGAAUGUUUUUGGCAACAGAGUCCUGGACGGAGUUGAGGGGACCAUGAUGGAACAACAGGAGGAGGAACAAAGAGAAAUAUUGGCAUGUAGGCAAAGGGGUAGGCAGCUUCCCAUGUGUGACAAGGGGAAGGGGAAGGAAAGGGUUGGUGGAGGUAUAAGAGAGCAGAAUGGAAGACAAACGGUGGGGAAGAAAUCAGGAAUGGAUAGUUCCAGUAUUAGUACUGAAUGAAGCUUUAAGUGGAUACCAGGAAGCGUUAGUGGCUGCCAGCCUUAGUAAGACUUCAAAGGCAAAGAAGGGAUGCUGAGGAUUCCUUAAAAAGUGUUGAACUUUUUUAAAAAAAAUGGUCUUUCAUCUUUUUUUGUCUCUUUACUUGGGUGUAUUUCUUUGCAUGUUUAAAUGAAGGCUAUCAAACUAAAUUAAUUUCUGAUAGCAUAAAAUAGUUUUUGUGCUCUUUAGCUUUGUUGUUGUUGUUUAGUCGUUUAGUCAUGUCCGACUCUUCGUGACCCCAUGGACCAGAGCAUGCCAGGCACUCCUGUCUUCCACUGCCUCCCGCAGUUUGGUCAAACUCAUGCUGGUAGCUUCGAGAACACUGUCCAACCAUCUCGUCCUCUGUCGUCCCCUUCUCCUUGUGCCCUCCAUCUUUCCCAACAUCAGGGUCUUUUCCAGGAGUCUUCUCUUCUCAUGAGGUGGCCAAAGUAUUGGAGCCUCAGCUUCAGGAUCUGUCCUUCCAGUGAGCACUCAGGGCUGAUUUCCUUCAGAAUGGAGAGGUUUGAUCUUCUUGCAGUCCAUGGGACUCUCAAGAGUCUCCUCCAGCACCAUAAUUCAAAAGCAUCAAUUCUUCAGCGAUCAGCCUUCUUUGUGGUCCAGCUCUCACUUCCACACAUCACUACUGGGAAAACCAUAGCAGCACAAAAUGUGGCCCAAAAGAUGCAAACCUGUUAUUAGAAUAUAACCCUAAGUUUCUUAUGCAGCUGCAAACCAUUUCAGGAAGCAUCAAAUUUUCACAGCUGCUACAGAGGCUCAACUUCAGUUCAGAGGUUUAAGAAAUAGUCAACAGCCUAAAUACUGGGUAGAUUUCACUGUGUCCCUAGAUACUGGCUACAUUCCUAUGAAGAUUCACUGAUUCUCAUAAAACCUUUCAACCUGCAAGUAUAUUGCUAUAAUUAAUAAACAACAACAACAGAUUUGGACUCUCAGAUUCUGUUCCAGCAGAUUUCUCAUGAAGGUGAUCUUAGAACGAGUCUUGUACGAGUCAACAGAAUGACUUUCACUUCCUACCUAAACUUCCCUCCGUAUCAGAGUUGGGAACUUGUGGCGCUGUUGUUCGACUCCCAACUCCUUUCAUCCCCAACUAAUAUGACCAGUGGUCAGAGAAGAUGGAAGUUGUAGUCCAACAGCACCUGCAGUGCUGUGAGUUCCCCAUCCCUACUCGGCAGGAUUGAUAACUUUCGGACUGGUUGGUACCUAUGAUAGUCUUUGUAGCAACAGCAAAGAAUCAUGUUUCAUCUUAAAAGCUGGGAGUAAAUCUCACUGAACUCCAUGGGCCUUACUUCUGAGUUGCUGUCUAUAGGUUUGUGCUUUUACUGUGUCAUCAGCUCUUGAGGACUGGAGUCUGCUUCCGUCUUUUAUCUUGUGAAAUGUUUGACGUGUUUCGCUGGUGCUGGUGAACAAAAUGAACACUCUUGUGAUACCCUAGAAAGCUCUGUGAUUUCCAGUGGGAAUCAGAUCAAUGCCUACUUUCUAAAUUCCCUCGCAUUUUAAAAUUUAAAAUACCACACUGCUCAUCAAUUAAUUAAGCACUUGCAUUUGAGGGGGGCGGGUGUUGCCUUCCAUUGUUCAUGUCCCUACCAACUUUACUUUUCAGUCAAAGAAUUACACACUGCCAUUUCCUCCUGCUGCGCUAGUCUGAAGUGCAACUCUUGAGUUAAUAAAUACUGCUGCAAGAGGAAGGAAUUAAUCGAAGCUACUGUGUAUUCAAAGGAGCAAAGGGGAACCUUUUACUCUGUAGAUUUGUUGGUUAUGCAUAAGUUUUGCUCUCAGAUCAGCUUUGCCACAGGAAGAACGGAUGGUUUGAUACGAACAAUUUAAAUAUGCCCCCGAUAUGUCAAGAGAGCUAUUGAAACUCAGCAAGGGGGGUUUAAAUUUGUUUGGAUUUUUCUACCCUGGAGUUGACCAUGUGCUUCCACAGCCCAGCAUAAGGAACUUCAGAGUUUAAGGUUGCAAUCCUAACUCUGCUUACCUGGAAGUAAGCCCCAUUGAAUUAAAUAGGAUUCACUACUGAAUAGAAAUAGUUAGGAUGGUGCUGUCAUAGACUUACUCACAGUGGCUACUUCAUUUCAUUUCUGUAAGUCUUGUAAUGUAUUUAGGGCAUAAAGAAUUCAGCCAGUUAGGCAUUUUCAGGCCUUUUGAUUUUAAAUGAUUUGAUAUGAUUUGAUUUCCACUGAAAUCAGCAUGGAGCUUGCAAAGGCUUAAUUUUGACGGCAUUGUUCUCUUUUUAAAUAUUAUUGAACUUAUUUAUUUUAUUUCACAAUUAACUUUUUUUCCCCCCCCAGAACAUUAUCAGAUGAGCGUUCUGGAGUCUGCUCCAGUUAGCUCUACUGUGGGCCGUGUCCUUGCUAAAGAUUUGGAUGAAGGCAUUAACGCUGAAAUGAAAUACAGCUUUGUGGAUGGGGAUGGACUGGAUGUCUUUGAUAUUGCCACCGAACCUAAUCGCCAAGUUGGUGUCAUCACAGUGAGAAAGGUAACACGUUCAUUCCUCAGCAAAGUGCAACCAUUACUGCAAAUGCAAUUUCCACUGCGAUAAAAUAUUGUUAUAGUAAUUAUUUUUAUUACUACUUUGCAUUCUACAACUUAUACAACUAAUACAACUACGUCCAUUGAUAGUGCAAUCCUAUUCAUGUCUACUCAAAAGUAACCUCUCUUGAGUUCAAUGGGACUUACUGUUGAGUUUAGGAUAGGGCUGCCAUACAUCUGGGAAUUGGGCAGGAAAUUGGCAAAAUGUCUGGGGAAAAUUUAUAAAAUUCAAAUAAAGGCAAAAACUUAGAUUUUUGGGGGGAGACAAAGCUCAACAACUUUGUCUGGAUUUUCACUUUGGGGAGUAUAGGAGCCUAACGUAAAUCAGUUUAAAAUGGGUUUUUAAAAGAAGGGGGGAAGCAAUCAGUUGUACAAAUUAAAAGUAUUCUCGCAUCUUUUCCAUUCUCGGAGAGGCUGGCAUAGGCAGAGUUAAAAGAACAUCAAGUUAAAAGAAGCUGGGGGUUUUAGGGGGAAGUUUUAGGGGGAAAGGUUAAGCACUCUGAUGCAAAUGGCCCCUUCCGGAGGAUACGUUGCAAGUGAAACGUGCCAGCAGGACUUCAUUGCAUGUGCCUGCAAUGUAACAAACAGUUUUCAUCCAAAGCAACUAGCAUGUGAGCCAUCCUUCUGACUGUCUCAGUUGUGCCAUUACUCAGUUUUGUCUGCUUAUUUAAAAUUUCAAUUAUUUCUAAAAAAAAAUCUUGUUCACUCAUUGGGGCUGUUCCAGGUAAAGUCCCAUUGGCUUCAGUGGGCCAUUACAUUUUCACUUGGACAUGUAAGAUAUUUGAUGAAUAAUACCAAAAAUGUAAUACACACACACAUAUACAUCUAUCUAUCAUCUAUCUAUCUGCAAACACAUGUCUCAUGUAUUGUUCUUGAGGGAUGUUCCUAGACUGGCAUAGUUCCCUGCUGAGUGUUUGCUAGCAAACUGGGAUUUGCUGUUGCUGACUGUGUUAAUUAAUGCAUUCCUCCAUUCAGCAUAUGCCUUCCUCAAGAAGAUACAAAUCCCCAAAAUUAAAGUAAAUAUAAACUAUCAAUUUGUGCUUAAAAAAAAAUAAAUCCCAGUGCACAGAACAGAUUUGAACUUCUUCCAAGAUAGUGCUUGCCUCUAAAACCAAGACAACAGCUUUAGAAGCACACAUUUUGUUUUGAUCAAAAUCUGUGCCAGUUACAAGGAUUCCAUUUUGCUAAUAUUCAGCAUUAAACUACCCAUUAUGUAAAAGUAAAGAGCGUAUAACCAUUGUAUUCUUGGAAAUUAAAUUAUCAGCAGGAGGCCUCAUAAUGCUCUAAAAGACCCUUGCAACCAUUGCUAGAUCCACUUUUAUGAAGGUUCUUUGGACAUUCCUAGGCUUCGCUUUGCUCUUGCCGCUAAGAUUCUUUUCAAUUAUCAUUUUAUUGUUAUACAUAAAAAGUGCACGCUAAGUAUCACUGCAGUACAAUUAUCGGCAUCAAUUUCCUUCGCAUGUAAAACUGUAUCAAGAAAGGGCAUGAAAAACCAGCAUGGGAAAAAAAGAAUGUCUUCUGCAAAAGGAAGACGUUAGUACGGUUGCCUUUCGGUACCAGGUUCGCUUUGUGAUAAAGCCCUCCCUCUAACGUUUAGGCAAUAAUAAUAAAGGACUUAGAAGAACAGCCAAAACAGAAUACAUUUGAACGUUGCUAAUUUCCGUGGAAUAGCUAAGCCAUGUGCUUAACUCUCCCACAUUGAAAUAAAUAAAAUUAAUGGUGCUUCACCCUGGCUGAAUUAUAGCAAUUAAAAUAUAAUUAAAUGCAUUAUGUACAACAUUUUUGUUAUAUGCUCAAAGUGCUUAACACACAUAGCUAGGUGUGGGGUAUUAAACUGAAUCCUGGUAAGACUCAGGUGCUGUGGACUGUGGGCUCCCAUGUCCAGGAUGUGGGCAGAAAGCCUGUCCUUGAUGGAGUUGCACCCCCUUGAAGGAGCAGGUAUAUGGGGAGGGGUUGGGGGAGUGAGUGCUCCUUGAUCUGGUUUUGUCACCUGAAGCCCAAGUGGCUCCAGUGUCAGGGAGUAUCUCCUCUCAGGUAUGGCUGCUUCACCAGCGAUGGGCAUUCCUGAAUAGGAAAAAACCUGACCACUGUAGCCCAUGUUCUGGCAAAUUCCAGACUGGACUUUUGCAACAGACUCUACAUGGGGCUGCUCUUGAAGACUGUCUGGAAGCUGCAGCAAGUGCAGAAUGCAGUGUCCAGAGAGCGGAUAGGAAUAGCUGGUUGAACUUGUGCAACACCAGUGUUUUUUUAAAAAUGCACUGCUUGCGAGUCAAUUUCUGAGCCCAGUUCAUGGUGCUGAUGCUGACAAGUGGCUUGGGACCCAAAUAUCUGAAAGACUGACUCCUUCCGUAUCAGCCUGUCCAUGAAUUAAGUUCUACGGGGGGUACCCUAUUGGUGAUUCCACCAUAAGGGAAUUCAAGAAGUGGUGGCAUGUGAAUGGGCCUUCUCUGUAGCAGCUCUGCAUCUUUGGAAGGACCUAAUUUGCAAAAAAUACAAAACAAAACAAAAAACCCUGAGUUCAAAAGAGCAAAGCCUUCUUCUUGCUGUUCCUAUUUGGAUUUGGGGGGUGCGUGUGGUGAACACAUACUGGCGCCCAAUCCUGGCUACUGCUGGAACUGGACUGGGGCACAAGAUGACAUGCUAGACCUGGCUAUCCUCUGUGACUGCUUGCACAACCCUCACCCGAUUAUUACAAUAAUAUCUGGGAUGCAUUUUGUUAAAAUGAAAGCAGCAAAGUUGUGGGGCUGUCGUGUUCAUCCAGCCGGUUACAUACAAUGUAAGUGAUACGAGUUUAAACGGGAAGUGUUUUCUUUUAAAGGAAUUGGGUGGUAUGGCUCAUGACGUUCUGUUCAGUCCCAGAGGAGGUCUUCUAAUGCUUUAUUUCUUCUUCGCCUUCAGCCCUUGAACUUUGAGAGGAAGAAGAGCUACACUUUAAAGGUGGAGGGUGCCAAUCCCCACUUAGAAAUGCGCUUCCUGAACCUGGGCCCUUUCCGUGACACGGCAACUGUACACAUCACCGUUGAGGAUGUGGAAGAACCCCCACUCUUUGAGCCUAGCUUUUAUUUCGUGGAAGUCCCUGAAGAUGUGGACAUUGGGACCACCAUACAAAUGAUUUAUGCCAAGGACCCGGAUGUGACCAACAACUCCAUCAGGUUCCUUUCUUUCCUUGUUUCUCUUUUCCCCCCAUCAUCCUAAAUAUCCACUAUGUUAACUCCUAGGAUUGUUCUUGUUGCUUUAGGCGAGUAAUGCAGAUUCAGAAAUUUAUUAUUCUUUAUUUAAUAGGAUUUAUAUGCCACCCUUCGUCAUAAGAUCUCAGGGCAAGUUCACAGAAUGAAAUACAGAAUUAGAACAAGUAAAUAAUUAAAACGAAACAAUAACACCCCCCUUCCCACAGACACAUAUAAAAGGCUGAAGAAUAUUAAUCUGCCAGUUUCAAAUAAAUGCUUAACCUUAGAUGCUAGCAAGGCUAUACAUUAUUUUGUGCAGGCAAAAUCACCAUUUACUUGUCCUCUCUGAAUCAGAGGCAAGAUUUAAGAACUGGCUCUCUCCAGUGCCUCCAGAGUUAAUUAACCAUUAUCAAUUUAGGACAGAUGGUAUUGAGUCUCUGUCAGUGAGGAGGUUGCAGCUUACUAUUCAGGCAACAAAAGGAUGGUUUAGGUCAUCCCUGCUCAAAAUAAUCCCAUUCUACACUGUUACACUCUGAGAAUAAUAAUAAUGAGAAGAAUAAUAAUAAUAAUAAUAAUAACUACUACUCCCGCCCUCCCCAGCCGAGACUGGGCUCAGGGCGGCUAACAUCAAAUACAUAACAUUGGUAUAAAAUCAAACAAUAAUUAAAUUACCUCCUAAAAACAAGUCAGGAUCAAAUUAACAUCUAAUUAGAUGGCUUUCCGCAGGAUUAGAGUUGGGAACAGUAAAUGUUCAUCAGUAUGUAUUUACAUGACCAGCGUAACAUGUGGCCCAGUCUAGGCCUCCCACAAAUUUCAGGAAACUGAAGCUCCUUGUCAUGGAAGUUUUGCCUGAGGAAAGACAUCUGGAACUGUCCAGAGCAACUGAGUAAUGAUUGCGUGAUAAUUUAUUAUGUGAAAAGAGGGGAAACGUGCUCUCCUUUCUUCAGGUCUCUCAAUCUUACCGUAAUGUCUCAUCUUCCUCUCGAAGCAGGAGACUUUGGCCAAGGGGAUGUGUGCAAAUAUGCACCCCUUGCUAUAGUUUCUUUAAAGCUUCAUGGGCUAUAGGUAGAAAAGAAGAUUUGGGAUAGGUGGGUCUUCAUAUAGAUGUGGAAGUAAAGGGAAUCUCUUUCUUGAAAGUCUGGUGAGCACAGUGAUCUAUUGUUAUGCACUCUCCAGCUGCCCCGGGGCGGGAGGGGGGGUGACACAUUCCAGGGGUUUCGUUUCCUUUGAGUGACAGAGCACUGUGAGGGCCUAGGACAUUUUUGCUUCAUUUAUAAAUAUAUAACCAGAUAGCACAGGGAGGAAAAAAGGGGAACUCCUACAAGGUAGCAAAUCUGCAUCAGAUGCCCAGACAGACUUUGCACACCAAAGCACUUCAACCCCCUGAUGUCUCUGUUUCUGUGUCUUCAAAAUAACAAACUCUUGUGUCUCUCACCACCACCACCACCACCACCACCACCACCACCACAUAUUCUCCCGGGGCUUUCUACAUGCUAAAUAUUGUGCUCUACCCUGUAAAAUCCUCAAAGUUUGAAGCCUCCAGCAGCCUUCACAGGAUGUUUUAUUAAAUACAGACAGUGUGAACAAGAGUUCUGGAGAACUUGAAAGCUUGCUCACAACUUUCUGAUAUUUCAGUCUGCCCUAUUAGAUUCUCUCCCCCCGCCCCCAUAGACCAAUGUGGCUACUUACAAUUUUAGUAUUAUAGAUGGUUUAAUGAACAGAUCUUAGUCUUACCCCAUGAUAUGCCAGUAGUACACAGCUGAAUUAUAACUGAUAUAAUUUGGUUUUGCGGGCAUCCCAUAAGCACAAUUCCACCGGAAAAUGUUCGGGGAUUCCAGUGGUUAUUUCAAUAAAUAAGGGCAAUGCUAUGUUUGUCAACGGAAUUUCAGAAAGGCGGGCCGUAUUACCAGAAUGCUCACCGAACGCACCAGAAACUCUCAAAUCCUCUUAUCCCUGCCUUUCUUGACAUCUGGAUUGCCCACAUUGGGAGAUGCUGAUUGCUGAAGGCAUGGCCUGAUUAAUUCAGAAUGACUAAGGGAGAUUAUGUAAACAGUUCAAUGGACUCGAGUGCUGAGAACCAAUUAUUAAUAAUAGGCAAACAUGUGCAAAGAAUGCAGUAGAAAAACUCCACCUGUGCUGCAUGACACCAGUGAUUAAUGUUGCACCACUAAUCACAAGGCCAUAUUCAAUUUCAGAUACAAGUAUGCCCUAAACUGUCAGAGGAGAAUUUUUUUCAAUGGGCGUUUGCAAGACAGAUCAUUAUUUCACAAUCUAAAGCUUUUGUGUGGCUUUCCUUAAUAAAUCUAGCAGACUGGGGGAUACAUCUUUAUUUUAAAAGUGAGAGAGAGCAUUCACAAUGAUGAUUUUUCCUCCCUUCUUCUUAUUCUUUGACUAAACAAAGCUGCUUCUUUCUUUCAAAGCAGUUCAACAACGUUGUGUGCCUUGCGUUUCCUUUGCCGCGUGUUUCCCUUGCACAAUUAGAACACGUUGGGUUGCGUCCCACACAGUUCUUCUGCUUGCACAACAUACUUCCGCUUCCUUAAUGGGACUUUACCCUCCCCUCCCCCAGCUCUCUGUAAACCCUCAAAAUCUUCUCCAAAGAGUUGGGAGAAUCUGUGGGGCAGAUUUUGGGGUCAUGCAAGGAACAGGAGCAAAGAGGAAUCCCUUUGUGUGAGCAGAACUCCACUUGUGCAGCAGCACUGGUCACAAAUUGCAGCUCACUGUUUGUAUAGCACUCUCUACUUAUUGUUGUUAUUUACCAUAUUUUUCGCUCUAUAGGAUGCACUGGACCAUAGGAAGCACCAGACCAUAGGAGGGGGAGAACAGGGGAAAUUUUUUUUUCUUGUUCUCCCCCUCUAAAACAAGGUGCGUUCAAGGUGCAUUCACCCAAAGCCUCCGGAGCGCAGCGGGAGUUCCUUGGAAGGCUACCUUGGAAGCCCGGAGAGCGAGAGGGGUCGGUGCGCACUGACCCCUCUCGCUCUCCAGGCUUCAGUGAAGGCAACCUGAAGUGCGGGGGGGAGUUCCCACUGGGCUCUGGAGGCUUCAGGUUUCUUUCGACCUGCUGUUUGGGGCUGGCGGUGGGGGGAAGUGCCAGCUUCAAAGAUCCCUGAAGCCUUUGGAGCGCAGGUCCCACUGUGCUCCAAAGGCUUCAGGGAUAGCUUUGUGCAGCCAUCCCAAAGCUAGAAGAGCGAGACGGAGCCCUCCGUCUCACUGUUUUGGCUUGGGAACAGCCUUUCUAGCCUCUGCAGGGUAGCGGGGUGAAGGCACCCCGCUGCCCUGCAGAGGCUUUGCUCGCAGCCACCCCCAAGCUAGAACAGCAAGACGGAGCGCUCCACAGCGCUCUGUCUCCCUGUUCUGGCUUUGGGCUUAGCCGCGCAGCCUGCAUUCGCUCUAUAGGACGCACACACAUUUCCCCUUAAUUUUUGGAGGUCAAAAAGUGCGUACUAUAGAGCGAAAAAUACGGUAAAUGUGUUGGUCACUUUAUUUUGACCAAGGCAACCCAAAGCAACUUACAAACACACGCCAUGUAGAUACAUUGAAACCGAGCUGGGGGUAGUGGUUGCAUGAAAAUAUUCCCACCCACUGCUAAAAGACCACGGAUAGUUCAGAGCCAAAGGCCUGGUUAUAGAGGAAACUUUGCCUGGCACCUAAAGAUAUAUAAUGUUGUCAACAUACUUUGCAUCUGUCCCCCCCCCCCUUACCAGAUGCAACAGUGGGUCAAUCCAGAAGGUAGGCCAGUUUUAUGAUUCCCAUAUUGCUAGUUAGGGAGACUGGCUCAGGCAGUCAAAUGGAUUUGCAAAAAAUCAUCAGUCAAUAAAGCUGUGAUAAACAUUUUAACAUAGAUGAACCCCAGUACAGCGGACCCCAUUUCAUUUAAUACUUUUGAAUGAUCCAUUCUGCCUUCGUCUCUCUCUGCUCAUUUCCCUCUUCUUGCUUUACACAUGGAGGGGAGACAGCACAGACACAGAAGAGACCCCCGUAAUUUUGAUUAUAUGGAAUUUUUGCAUAUGUGUGACCCUUAGAGCUGAAUCUUCACGUACGAUGCCACAUGACUGUAUUUCUUUUUGUCUGUCCUCAACCUGCUGUGCCAAUUGACUUAUUUGGGUCUGGGGUAGGAAAAAAUAUCCUAUCUGCUCUCCAACCAGUCAUAAUUUGGUAAAAGUCACUCUUGUCCAUCUUAGUUGUAAUUUAUUUUCCUAAACUGAAGAAAGGAAGUCUCAUACUCUCUUGCCUUUUCUCUUUUGAAGUUGCAACAUGUCCUUAUUCAUUUUCACUUCUGCAGCUUUUUCAGUUCUUAUAUUCAUUUUCAGAUCAGGUGAAAAUAACUAUUAUACAGUAGUAUAAUAGAACAACAGAGCAUUUUAUUUAUUAUUCACUGUCAGGAGAAACCAAAAAGAAUGUUCAAAAUUAGUUAUAAUUGUUUUCAACUAUUCUUGCUAUUCUAGUUGUUGUUGUUUUUAUUUUAAAAAAAAUAUUAUAGGAUAAAAGCAAUCAAACAAAUUAUCAAGCCAUGCUUUAAAUUUAGUGUCUGAACUAGAAGCAAACCAGAGAAUUAAAAAUUACCAAUGAACCUGAACGGAACCUUGAUUAGGAAUGAUUUAUGCCUUGCAUAUAAUGCCUUCUAAAUGUAUGCUUUUUUACAGGUAUUCCAUUGAUCGAAGCAGUGAUCCCGGACGCUUCUUUUAUGUUGACAUUGCAACAGGUGCUCUGAUGACUGCAAGACCUCUGGAUCGGGAAGACAUUUCAUGGCACAAUAUCACCGUCCUGGCUGUGGAGCUGAGUAAGGAGAACAAAAACCAUGCAAAUAUGUUUGUUUCAACAUUUUCGGCUGCUGCACAUUUAUCUCCAUCUUAUCCUCCUUUCAAUUAUGUUUUAUUGUUUAUUAACAUGGAAACACAAGAGUUCAAUACAGUGGUACCUCUGGUUAUGUACUUAAUUCGUUCCGGAAGGUCCGUUCUUAACCUGAAACUGUUCUUAACCUGAAGCACCACUUUAGCUAAUUGGGCCUCCUGCUGCUGCCGCACCACUGGAGCACAAUUUCUGUUCUCAUCCUGAAGCAAAGUUCUUAAUCCGAGGUACUAUUUCUGGGUUAGCGGAGUCUGUAACCUGAAGCGUACCCGAGGUACCACUGUAUAAGCACGUUCCUUACUCCAGUUAUCUCCAGAUGUAUUUUACUGGGGUUCCAAUUUAACCAGCAUUUAAAACCAACUCUGGCAGACUCUUGGGGUGGUCCAAUCCUAUGGCAAGAUUCACUGUGGAUUUCUGGCUCAGCUGGCUAAUUCCUAGUUCAGACCCCAACCCCGGCUCAGCCAGAGCCAGCAUAACUUGUUCAGCUCAGCCAAAGUUUGCUGAGCUGAGGCCAGUGUAAGUCCCCCAAAGGGGGCAUUCUGGGGUGGGACCAGAAAGAGGAGACAUAGGCUGGAUCAUAAUCCCAUUCAGCUCAGUCAUGUGACUUGGCAACCUGGCAUAGGACAUUUAUUUUAAAGGCUUGUUCUCCUUCUGCCAGGCUUAGGAUGGGGUUUGGAUGUGGUGCAACUUUACACUGGCUCGCUCUACACCAGCCUCAUGCGCAUAGGACUGCUUCCUCGAUAACUUCAUUGCAGUUAAGAAACAGCCCGAGUUCAGCCUACACAAGCCGUAUGACAUGCAUAUUUAUAUGCACUGCAGUGGAAGCCACGCUUUGCAUCUGAUUGAGGGAAUGAAAGUAGCAUUUAAUUUUUACGCUCCUAGGGAGGUCUGCAAAUGAAAUGUUUACUCAAACCAUUAGCAUUCAAGGGAAUUGUUGUUUAAUUUCUCUUUCUUGCUUUUUUUUUUAAAAUAAAAAAAAAUGAAGUUCAGAUAAGAGCUAGCACACACACUCUCGCCCCCAAGAACUAUUAGUAGCAAAAACAGAUGCUCUGAAUAUUACAGGGCUUAUCAGAGUAGAAAGCAGCAUUAUCAGGAAGGAUUGAAUGGCUCAGGGAUUUGCUAAUGAGCUCAGAGCCUUUCACUUCUAGGUCACUGGUUCAAAACCUCCUUGAGCCAGUAGCAAGCGACUGUUAUCACCAUCUGCUUGCUUGCUUUUUUUAGUGGCCUCUAGAAAUAAUUUUGUAAUAAACCCGUGUUUAGGGCAGGGAAAGCUGCUUACUAGGGUCUCAGAUAUGUACCGAAACGUAGGGGUCACUGUUGCUUGAGAACUACUGUGGCAUUUCUGAGAAACCUUCUGCCCCCGUACAUAUUUAGAGUUUCAGUGUAUGAAACACUGGCCGGAAAUAGACAUUACAGCAGACAAGGGUCAUUUUUUUCAAAAAAAGUUAUCUGUGUCACAUUCUCAUCCGAUGGGGGAGGAAAUUAGUUUGGUUUGCAUUUUAAAAGGAACCUACGUAAUUCACACUUUCAGAAACACUAAUCGUGCUGUGGGAACACUUUUCUAUCAAUCUGAGUCAGAAAUUGUGAAGACGUUUGACUCUUCAAUUUUUCAUACAUAAAUGCAACAAGCACUUUGUGUAAGAGACUCAGGAGCAUUCCUAGGGACUGGGCAGGUUGGCCCUCACGAAAGGCGCAGGCUCGUGUGUGUGCACAAAAAUCAUGCCUCUCCACUCUGGCUUGGAGCCUGCCCAGCCAUCCAAACAUUCUCCAGUUUGCUCCUCCGCCGUUUGGGGGAGGGCACCAAUAUUUCUCCUAGCCAAGGGUUUAAGGGGUGGGGGUUGCCGACACAGCUCCUUGCAAGGGGACACUGAUAUAGCUCCUUGCCAAGGGUGCAAAGGAGCCUAGUUACUCCUCUGAACACACUAGAAAAUUUUUAUAGAAUCACAGAAUUGCAGAGUUGGAAGGGUCCUUGAGGGUCAUCUGGUCCAUCCCUCUGCCCACAGCUGUCCCUGGUGGGCUCGAACCUUCUAGACACAUCAAGUAAUGAAAGCAGAGCCUCAAGAGCUCAACAUGUGCUAUAACGCACUGCAGGUCUGCCUGCUCUUCUUGAGCAACCGCAACUCUCAAAUGUAAUGCAUGGCACCAAGAUUAAUAUACACCAGGGCCAAGCCACUCUGAUUUUUUUUGCUUCGUUCUACCUUCUUUCAGACAACCCCUCGCAGGUUGGCAGUGUUUCUGUCACGAUAAGAGUGCUGGAUGUGAAUGACAACGCUCCAGAAUUCUCCAGGUUCUACGAGGCUUUUGUAUGUGAAAAUGCUAAAGCCGGACAGGUGAGAGAAGCUAAGAAAAACUGCACCAUCUUCUGUGUGAAUACUCCACUGUAUAGCCUGAGCUUACAAAAUUAGAGGGAUUUAAGGGUACUACCUGUGGACCCAGGGCUUUUUUUCCCAGGGGGAACUUGCCAGAACUCAGGUGGGUGCGACUGCCAUUCUGACAGAAAGAGGGUGGCAUUCAUGGUGAGUUCCGGCACCUCUUUUUCUAGAAAAUUAGCACUUUUCGGACCCAUGAAUUAAUGUUUUGUGCAAUGCCAGCAUAGUAAGAGGUAAAGGGACCCCUGACAGUUAAGUCCAGUCGCAAACGACUCUGGGGUUGUGGCACUCAUCUUGCUUUACAGGCCAACGGAGCCUGCAUUUGUCCACUCCGCAGACAGUUUUUCCAGGUCAUGUGGCCAGCAUGACUAAGCCGCUUCUGGCACAAUGGAAUACCAAAACCAGAGCAGUGCACAGAAACGCCAUUUACCUUCCCGCCAGAAAGGUACCUCUUAAUCUACUUGCAAUUUUUGGCGUGCUUUCGAACUGCUAGGUUGGCAGGAGCUGGGACCGAGCAACAGGAGCUCACCCCAUCACAGGGAUUUGAACCACCUACCUUUUGAUUGGCAAGCCCAAGGCUCAGUGGUUUAGCCCACAGCGCCACCCGCGUCCCAUGCCGGCAUAGUAGUGACUCUUAAUAUUUCUGCUUCAGAGCUACCAGUGAGUUGAGGAAUAAUGGUGGGUGAACUAGCAGAAUGCCAGAGAAGACCCUUUAACUUGGAUCAGCUAAAUCAUUGUGGCCUUUUACUUCCAGGGUUAUUAUGCAGGCUUUGGGGUGCAGGUACGGCCAGGGCAUGGAGUUUGUUUAACAGCUACCUGUGUUCCUGAAUCCAAAGAACUAUUGAGAAUUUGUUUUGACUCCCUUUUAGCUCAUUUCUCACUACCCAGUGCAGUUCUGCAUAUUUCAUUCACAGCUACAUCUGCAAGAAAUCACAUAUAUUAACCUUUCUCUGACAUUCUCCGUGGUUAAUGCUUACUGUGAAGGUAUCCCCACAUGGUCCUGUUUUAUAUUUAGAUACAAGUUGAAACAGCACUUUUUCUUUUCUCCUUUUCCAGUCCAAAAUGCAAUUAAAUACAAAUCUGACCAUGCAAGCAUCCUUCAUAUGAAAAUACAGAAUGAGUGAUUUACCUCCCUCUUUCUCUUACAAUUUUUGGCAGCAUGCAAGUAUUUGAGUUGCAUCCAGUGGAUGCACUAACCCAAGGCAGCUCAUCCAACCAGUCUUUAUCUUCCCCUCGUCCUCACCUCCUGCAGCCUGCAAAUCCAACUCCAGAAAGCUGGAGAAUAAACAGAGAGGUCUCAUAGCAGCAGAGCUGGAGCAAGAUCUCUCUGCUUAAUUCCAGCCAGUUCCCCUCUCACACUGCAGCUGCAUUACAGGGCAGCCCCUACCAGUCAGCCCCCCUUGGACCCUCAGAAGAAGGUUUGUAGUGAGGCACAGGGCAGGAGGGGGGAAGAGAAAGUUCAGUUGCACGAGGUGCCUUCAUGCUCAUACAACCGUUGGGCACAACCCUUUGGAUUUGCAAGGCUCUUCUUGAAGCAGAAGUUGUGUCUAGGAGGUCUCCUAGAGUUACAUGCAAAGUUUCUUUAGUCCUAUGAUCCUGGUGGGCGUCUUCAGGGCCACAGGCUAUUUCAGAUCUUCCUCCCUGAGAGAUGGAGACAGAUUCUGAAAGCCUCCCACUCCAUAACCUCAGCAGCUCUGGCCUUCUCAAGGUCAAAGCUCCAGUGUCAUAGACUCAGAAUUGCAGAGUUGGGAGGGACCACAAAGAAUGCAGGAAUCUUUUGUCCAACAUGGGCCUCAAACCCAUGACCCUGAGGUUAAGAGUCUCAAGCUCUACCCACUGAACUAUCAGAAAGGGGGCGUGCUGGGGAAGGUUCACAGGCAUACCAGGGACUGAACCUGUGACCUCCUACACACAAAGCAUACGCUCCGUCUCCUGUCUAUGGGACAUCCAAAUGUUAAUUUGCCCUUCUCAUAUUUUAGCCAGCUUAGGUUCGCCCAUUCUGUUUUUAAUCAUUUCACUCACCAUUGAUUCUGGCAACAUAUUGAUUGCCUUCAUAGAUCCCUGCUCCCUCAAGAAGAUGAAUCUGGGCUUGGCUUUUCCUUGCAAUCCUGAAACAGAGCUUUCUCCUGCACUGGAGCUCUCAUCAGAUCCUUUGUUUUGCUCUCCCCUCCUACAGCUGAUUCAGACAGUGAGCGCGAUUGACCAGGACGACCCACAAGAGGGACAGCACUUCUACUAUAGCUUGGCUCCCGAGGCAGCUAACAACCCCAACUUUACUCUAAGGGACAAUCAAGGUAAUUGGAGCGGACACCCAUUUGUUUCGCUAACUAACGUCUUCUGCAGUGAGUUGGUCUUGGAAGGCUUGGACUUAGCACUGCGUCACGAGACUGCCAUUGCAAAUGAUGCCAAGUGACACCUGCUCCUUAAGGGCAGCAAUAAAAUGACAUAUUAUUUUACACUUUGAACAGUUAAUCCAGAAAUUUCCCCCUGUCUACAUAUUUCUCAGUGACAGGUUCUCUUAUUUUGAGGAAAUGUGCCAAUGUCGUGCAAAUUCAAGCCUUGUUGUCAUGCUCGUGGGCACCUUCUCUGAAUGUUACCCUGCUCAAAAUGCUUUAAAGGUCAGGCUUAUAACUGGAAUUGCAGGGGAAAUCUAGGGGGUUAUUAUUUGGCUCUUUCCCCACACCCACCCAGAGCAUGGAAAACAGCAUUUCCUAGGUACUUAAGAAGCGAGGAGUUUGCCUGCCCAGAUGUUGUCCCCACCUCACUCUGGGAGCCAGAUCUCAGUCCAAGGAAAACACAUGACAACAUAUUUGGGAUUAAAAUGGCCACAACUUUAUUACCGUAUUUUUCGGUCUAUAGGGCGCACCGGCCCAUAGGACGCACCUCGUUUUUUGGGGGGGGAAAUGAAUAAAAAAAAUUAUCCCCCCCCCACCGCAGCUGCCGCCCCAAGCCUCGCGCGCUCGGCGGGACCUCCUGCCGGGCGCGCAAGGCUUGCAGACACUCGCCCGAAGCCUCGCGCGCGCGGCGGGACCUCCCACCGGGCGCGCCAGGCUUGCAGACACUCGCCCGAAGCACGGGAGCCCUCCGGAGGGCUCCCUGUGCUCGGGCGACAAGCUGCCGCCCAAGCCUUGCGCGCUCGGCGGGACCUACUGCCGGGCGCGCCAGGGUUGCGGACACUCGCCGGGGCUGCGGGCUGCUGCCUGCAAGCCGUGGGGGCCCGCGGGAACUCCCACCGGGCGUGCAAGGCUUGCGGAUAGCUUCUGAAGCCUGGAGAGCGAGAGGGUCGGUGCGCACCGAUGCCUCUCGCUCUCCAGGCUUCAGCGAAAGCUCUGCAUUUGCUCCAUAGGACGCACACACAUUUCCCCUUCAUUUUUGGAGGGGAAAAAGUGCGUCCUAUGGAGCGAAAAAUACGGUAAAUUUCAGAUGGCUUAGGCAUUGGGCGUAUAGCCCUCUCAGCCCCCAGCUGGGGUCUGAGGCAAGACAGGGUCAAUUGGGAAUAUGGGGACACUCAGGGCCGGAUUUAGGUUUGAUGAGGCCCUAAGCUACUGAAGGUAAUGGGGCCCUUUAUAUGUCCAGCUGUCCUUUGUCAACAACAAAUUGUCGCUGUUUUUUGUGUUGAAUAUACGCUAUAUGGUAAUUUAUGGACCUAAUAGGUCCAUACACAACACAAAACACUGUUGCUGUAUGUAGGUUUUAAUUUAUUUGUUUUUUAUAUUAUAUUUUGGAAAUGUACAUCCAGGUGUGUUUUUCCUGUAAAUUUUUUUGGGGGGCCCCAAGAGAGCGUUAGCUUUUUCGUAACUCCGGCACUGGGGACCCUGCAAAAUUUGCCUUUACACAGCUGGCCCCCUCCUGCAUUGCUGAGUGCUUGUGGUCAGAGACUCCCCUCAGGACCCCUCUAAUGGGGAACCCUGAUAUUGCCACCACCAAAAAGGGUGAGUCACCACGACACCCCUUCCUUGGUUGCUGAACUAAAGGAUUCCACCCAAGGCCUAAAACCGCAAAAUUUGUGACAAUUGCUACCAGGAAGACAAAACCUGAAGAGCAGGGGAAAUGUCUUCACGGCUCUGAAAAACAGCAAUCCGACCGUAGCAAUGCCCCUGGACCUGGAAAGGAAAAAGGUCAGCCUGGAAAAAAAGAUAAUAUUGGAGAAAGAGCUGGGUGGGUGAUGCUCUGGGGCUGACUGUCCUGCAGGCAUCAGCACGAGGCCCCUUUUUAUCCUCUAGGAGCAGACUGGAGUGAAGCCUGCUCAGUCCCAGUGGGGUACAGCAACGUGGCUGCAAGAUGACAGUGGGCCACAAACCUCACCCACCACCAGACCCAGUGAGCAGAUACAGUCAUACCUCGGGUUACAGACGCUUCGGGUUGUGCGAUUUCGGGUUGCGCACCGCACCGAACCUGGAAGUACCGGAACGGGUUACUUCCAGGUUUCGGCGCUUGCACAUGCACAGAAGCGCCGAAUCAUGACCCACGGACAUGCGGGUUGCGAAUGCUGCGGGUUGUGAACGUGCCUCCCGCACAGAUCACGUUCGCAACCCGAGCAUCCACUGUACUUCCAACUGCAUGUGUAGAAAGAAGCAUACAGUUGGAAUGGCAAGUAGAACGCAAGAGGACCUCCGUAUAAUAUGCCUUAGGGGUGUCCUGUUCUAAGAUACCGCAUUCCAUUUUACCCCACCCAGUGCAAGUCAACCAGAAUGCUCAGUCAUCAGUGGCCUGUUUUGAGGGUGUUUUGACUCCUUUUUUUACAAUAUAUAUAUUAUUAAUAAUUUCAAGUAUAAUUUGAUACUUUGCUCCUGGUGCAUGGAUAGUGCCAUUUCAGACUUACUUAUUUCUUAUGCUUUUAUAUCGCCCACCCAGCCAAGUUCUCUGAGCGGUUUGCAUAAACCAUAAAAGAAAAUCCACAACAGAACACUUAAGGCCAUGUACACACAUCCUCCAUUUACACCCGCUUCCACGCAAAACAUAACAUUAGCCACAGUUCAUAUCUACCUUGUAGUUUCUUGAGACGUAUUGCUGUUGGAUGCAUUUUUCCUCGGUUCCAUCUGAUUUGAAAACGUAAGCAACACACUCCCUGCACAGUUAAGCUGAGGUGCGUGCAUUUGAGACAGUCAUUGUGUUAUGUGCAGGUGACAGCGCACACAGAGAUGACAACUUCACGAAUAAGAGUUGGGGGGGCUGCAGGUACAGGGAAACCCAACAGGUAAUGUGCACCAGGUGAGGACAUCCACACCCCCUCUUUAGUGCAUGCAACCAUGUGCAGAUGCGACUUGAAACUCAGCAGGCGAAAACUGCCUCGCUUGCAUUUUAAACUGCUAAUUCAUACAUAGCCCGAAAUAAAAUCACAGAAGCCUAGCAAAACAAACUAAAACCAGCACCAAACCCUAGUGAAAACCAUUCAAACACAGCAAAAGGGAACUUGGUACAAAAACUGAAGCACCUGAUACAUCAUUAUUAAAAGGACUGGCACUCCGAGAAUUGCAUUUGCUGUUAGCAUGGUAUGGAAUGGGGUGGCAUAGAAAUAAACAGCGCUGCAGCAUCACCUAGUGGUGAAAACAAUCUUCAUAACAUUAGGAAAAGCAGGGAGAGUAGAGAUUUAUGAAGCCUCCUGUUGUCUAAACCACUGAGCCUAGGGCUUGCCGAUCAGAAGGUUGGCGGUUCGAAUCCCCACGACGGGGGGAGCUCCCGUUUCUCGGUCCCAGCUCCUGCCAACCUAGCAGUUUGAAAGCACGUCAAAGUGCAAGUAGAUAAAUAGGUACUGCUACGGCGGGAAGAUAAACGGCAUUUCCGUGUGCUGCUCUGGUUCGCCAGAAGCGGAUUAGUCAUGCUGGCCACAUGACCCAGAAAAACUGUCUGUGGACAAAUGUCAGCUCCCUUGGCCAAUAAAGUGAGAUGAGCACCGCAAGCCCAGAGUCGUCCACAACUGGACUUAACUAUCAGGGGUCCUUUACCUUUACCUUUUUUUAGCAUCACCUAGUGGUGAAAACAAUCUUCGUAACAUUAGGAAAAACAGGGGGAAUAGAGAUUUAUGAAGCCUCAAGUUAUUUCCAUGUACAUCCAAUCACGGUUCACCUUGCUGAAAAGUGACAUAGAAUGUUCAGGAUAUUUUCUUCGCAACAGCAGAUAUGUAAUUUUCACACAGAUAAGUUUUUCUUUGGAUUGUUAGAGCGCUAUUCCGUUUAGCGUUUGCCCAUUGCAAUAAAGUGAUUCUAUUACAUACAUCAUCUGAAAGGCUGAUCAGCAUGUCACUGUGAAUGCUAUACACUUCCUUUUCACCCAGUCCCUCCCCAGCAUAGCUGGUCCUCUAUUUGGGGUUCCUCUAAGCAGGGCCGGCCGUACCAUUAAGCAAAGUAAGUUGGCUUCCUCAGGCAGGUGUAUUUGGAAGUCAAGAAAGGGCAACAAAAUUAGCAACAAUUAUUUUAGGGGGUGGUUUUUUUGUUUUAACUGCUAGAGAGUUUUAGAAGCAUUUCUGGUAUUUUCUGCCUCAGGUGCCAAAACAACUUGGCCAGCCUUGCAUACUACACCCAAGGUACCACUCGCUUCUCUGCCUCAGGCAGCAAAAUGUCUUGGGCUGGCCCCCUGCCGCUUAAAUUCAAAGGAUAGAUAUGAAUGCAGUCCUGUUCAUUGUAGAAACCUGGGCAUUCGGUGGGACAAAGGAAUAAUCUAAUUAUUCAGAGGAAUCUGCAUAUUAAAUGUUUUGAAAAAUUCUGAAUAUUAGCAGAUCUUCUCUCCUUAGAUAACAAAAUGAAAAUCUACUUCAGUAAGUAAGAGGUGUCUUCUUGCAUCAGCAUGUUCUAGCACUAAGCUGCCUAUAUCAGUUAUUUUGAAACAGCUGCCAGAGUUUCCAGGGCAUUGCCUUGGUAGAACACACUGUGACCCUGUCUUCCUUUUUUUGAACAUGCGUUGCUGAUGAGGUUGAAAGAAACCACCACGACAGCAUUGGGUGAUCCAGGCUCACUUCAACCUUGAGGCACUGUGUUGAGAGAGAGAAAUUUGGGGAGAAUUCUCAGCAUCAGAUGUACUUCCUACUGCCACCAAGCAAACAAGUGGUGUAAUUUGGAGUGAGAGCAAUGAGUGAAUUGCUGUUCCUUGUGUUUUGUUUUGAAGACCAGUUUUCAAGCACAGCCGUUGUAUCAGUCACAAGAGCAGAUAUUGGUCCUGACCUGUGGUACUUAAAUGUUCAUUUAAACAUUGAACCCUUGUCAUCUUUUAAAUGGGGGGGAUCUCAGAACAGUGAAUCAGGAAAAUGUUUGGUUUUAGAAAUGCUAGAUGUCAGAAUAAAAUAGAAACUUUGGUAUUUAUUACUUUAUAAUCAGUAGAGCAAUUAAAAUAAAAUUUAAUUAUUUUUUUUCAAAAAAAUGGGGCAGGAGAGUUUGUGGUAGAACUUCCACUAUUUCUUAAGUCUUGGUGGGUUGUGCCUUCCCCCCCCCCCCUUCUACAUUCUCUCCCUCUAGGAGGGAAAUAAGUCCCCCAUCUCUUAGGCUGAUAUAGGAAUUUAGGAUCCUAGAGAUCCUUGCUGGCCCCAGACUGGUCUUCAACACUGUCACCAAGCCACCCCAUUUUCAGCCCCAGGACAGGCAGGGCAGGGGAAACCUUUGCUGCUAACCAGAGAGGACCUCUGGUAUCAGGACCUCCCCCUCUGCCCUCAUAGAGAGGUCCAAAAUAUUCUAUGAACUCAAGAACUCACAGGCCCUGUAGGAUUGCACCCUGCACUGUACAAUGCAAAUACUCUUCAAUAACUAUCACUAUAAAGUGGGCAUAUACACUGAUUGGCCCUCACCAAUAGUGCCAGGGUUGACUUUGCAGAAACAAAAAUCAAUUUUCAGAUGCAUAGAACGAUCAUUCUAGCUCGCAAAAACAUUUGUAUAUUUGCCCGCCCAGGUCAUGCAUUACCACUGUGAUGCGUCUGCCACCAAACUGCUAGUUCCCUUCGGUCAGGAUCCGUGUCACUGCAGCAGUGUAUGCAAGUGCUGAGCACCCAUAUUAUAUGGUUGCUACCGCCACUAUUGACCACUCUUGGCAAGGGAUGUAACUUUAUGCUCUCUGGACAAGACUUAUAUGAUCAGCACUCGUGUCUGUUAUUACCUGGCCAUGCCAAAGCAGGUUGUUUUGCUAGCAGUCUUGGCAGUGUAUGUAUGGGUACAGAAUUGGCACAAGUAAACAUUUUCCAACAGAGUAGAUUUCAGUAUAUACAGUAUUUAGAGAUACCUACUUUUCAUGCCAAUUCGGUAGGGGAAUGUCUGUCUCUCUUAAGUGAUAGAAUACUGCAAUGGCCGCUAUCCAGUGCUGAAACAUAAAAAAGAGAGAGUGCUUAGAUUUCUGACAUCCAUGUCUUAUCCCAUCAUGUUACUUGCAAACAAUACUUAUGGCAUCAAAUCACUGUGGCAUCUUAUCGUGCGCAAACAAGGUUUGGCACAAAUGCAUUGCACUUGAAUUGUCAAUCUGUCAACAAGCCUGGAAAUUUCCAUAGCGGUCAGUGCACCAGAUGCCUGCCCUGACAUUAAGCUUGUCAAAAAAAUAAAUAAAAGGGAUGGAAAGGGAUAAAUGCUGCUAACCUCUAAGAAACCACCUUGGUUUGCUUUUCAUCCUGCUUAGCCAUCAGGAGACUUUGACAAUAAAUCUAGCUAAACUCCAGCUCAACCCCAAGCCCUCUACUUCGGUCAAAUGUACACCCUCCAACGUCUGAGAAAGUGGAAGCACAAGUUUGAUAGUAAAGAGAGAAAAGGGUCUGAAUUUAGUGCGCAUGUCAGUGUGCAAAUCCUAGUAUCUUAGAGCUGUGUGUUUCUCUAGCAUUUUGUCACAUGCUUCAUUUUCUCUCCUCUGCCCACAUUCACAUUCACACAAGGUACGCACAGCAGCAGCAGGCCAAAGUAAAUCUAGUAUUCUAAAUGUAUGGAUCCAAAGCAAAAUAGUUUAAAGCAUCUACCUCCAAUUGAUUUUUUUUUUUUACAUUGCAAAUCAAUAUUGACAUCUUUUAUUUUUCCCCGCCUUCUAGACAACACAGCUUGGAUUUUAACCAGGAGAUCAGGCUUCCGGCAGCAUGAGCAGAACAUCUUUUACCUUCCUAUCCUGAUAGUUGAUAAUGGACGUCCCAUGCUGAGUAGCACUGGAACGGUAACCAUUCACGUUUGCAGCUGCGACGACAAGGGUCUUGUGAUGUCCUGCAAUGCAGAGGCCUAUGUGCUCCCUGUCAGCCUGAGUAGAGGAGCUCUUAUUGCCAUUCUAGCCUGCAUCUUUGUCUUGCUAGGUAAAUAUACGUACCGUUUCUUAAAUUGAGUAACACCAUCUGUUCUUCAGGCACAAUAGAGGCGGCUACCAUGCUUACUAGAAUGCAGUGCCAAUAAAAGCAAUGUUCUAAAAAUAGGCAAGCUUUCAAAAAGGCUUUCUCAUUAACGUUUUGUGUAAAGUACUAUUCUUAGUUGAUUUGACUUGUAUUUGAUUUAGGGCAUGUUCCAGCAACUUGCAGGUACAGUUUUGCUACCAUAACCCUAAGCAAUAUCUACGAUAAUUCACCGUUGUAUGGGGUGGCAAGUGACUUGUUUGGCCUUGAAAGUGGCCAUGGGCAUUUUGGGCAUCCUGUUUUUCAAGCUGCAAUUGACAUUUCCCUUUUCAUGAAAACUGGGUUAUGUUCACAGUGUUAAUGAGACCUUCAAAAAAAUGCCUGCUUGGAACUAGAAGCGAUCUGCAAAACUCAACUGACCUUUCCAUGAACUAGAUAUAACUGAGAAGGUAAAUGCAGCAAGCACUCCCUUAGCAUUUAGCACAGAAUGAGGUAGCAGAUACCCCCAGGGUAAAAUCUGCAUCCCUCAAUACUGCUUGCUUUAAGUCUAAUGCUGUGCACCCAUCCUAAAAUAUUGCCCAGUCCUGCCACUUACAUGCUGUUUGGUUUUGCUUUGUCCUUUGCCACCAUGGAUGUUGCUGCUACAUCAAGGGCAAGAAUGGUCGGUGGGAAAGGGUGGGCAGCAUCUGUUGUGGAGGCCUUCAGCUUUGGCCGAGGGACACUGUGAUGCUGACUGUGCUCUAAAAGUCUUGCGUUCUGGCUUGCUCCCUCUAGUGCUGGUACUGCUGAUCUUGUCCAUGAGAAGGCACAGGAAGCAGCCGUAUAUCAUCGACGAAGACGAGAACAUCCACGAGAACAUCGUGCGGUACGACGACGAGGGGGGUGGGGAGGAAGACACGGAGGCCUUUGACAUCGCGGCCCUGUGGAACCCGAGGGAGGCUCAAGUGGUGCUGAAGAGCAGGCAGGACAUGAUGCCGGAAAUCGAAAGCCUCUCCAGAUACGUUCCUCAAGCCUGCACGGUGGACAGCAGCGUUCAUAGCUACGUGUUGGCCAAGCUCUACGAAGCUGACAUGGACCUCUGGGCCCCUCCCUUUGACUCUCUCCAGACGUACAUGUUUGAGGGCAACGGCUCUGUGGCCGAGUCGCUCAGUUCCUUGCAGUCUGCGUCCACGGACUCAGAGCAGAGCUACGACUAUCUGACGGACUGGGGGCCCCGCUUCAAAAAGCUGGCCGAAAUGUACGGCGCCACAGAAGGGAACGGGGCCCUUUGGUAA